GUCUCGGCCAGUGAACAGUCGGCAGCCAGCAGUGGCACGGACCGGACGCGAUCGCGGCUGACGCACACGUACUGCUCGCAUUCGAUAAGUGAUUCGUGUCGUCAGUUACGACGCUCAGUGUUCCGCGAAAGAGGCACGCACGCAUCCAUCGCGCACCAUGAGUAGCGGCAAAAGGAAGCUUUCGUUCCUUGGGUUCGCCCCGCAGGUGGCGGGCGAGGACGAGGUGCAGCUGGACGACGAGAUGGAGCGCGUGGUGUGGGGCGAGGGCGAGCAGCGGCUGCCGGGCGGCGCGGGCGGCGCGGGCGCCGACCCUCGCCGCGACCACGCCGCGCCGCACCCGCCGCACCCGCCGCCGCCAUACACCACCAGUGCAGACGAAACUGGGUCCCCGGAGCGGUCACAGGCGUCGACGGGCAGCGGCGCUCACGUGAGUGCCGGAUCUGAGCCUCAGCAGAUGUCAGGAGGGUGGUCGGGCUCGGGCUCGGGCUCGGCGUCGGCGGGCAGCCCCGCGUCGCGCGUGCAGUUCGACGCGGAGCGCGACCAGCGCGCCGAGCACGCCGCGCCGCCCCUCGACGACGACGCCGACAGCGAGCGCCGCGCCCAGAGGAAUGAGCGUCACCUGCACACGCACAAGCCCCGCAAGUACUCUCUGCAGGAGGGAGGCCGCGCGGUCCCUGGCAGUGCCGACUCGGGUAAUGCGGACUCGAGCGGCGGCGGUGGCUACGGCGGCGGCGGCGGAGGCGGCGGUCAGCGGAGGGUGUCCAUCGCGCCGGGCGAGGAGCCGCUGCCGGAGGUCGACCGCGAUGAUCUGCACAGCCAUCGCAGUGACGACCCGCGAGCUCUCCGCAGGCACAGGAUACAACCGCACAAAGGUUCAACGGUGCACGUGGGCCGUAAGGAUGGCGGCGAUAAGGUUCAAACUAUAUUACCAGACUCCACAUAUAAGAAAAUGUAUGACCACAGUCCACAUUCGGUUUUCGUACAAUUGGACGAGCUGCUGGAGACUGAACAAGGGGAUGCCGAGUGGAAGGAAACGGCCCGCUGGAUCAAGUAUGAGGAGGACGUGGAGGAGGGGUCCGCCAGGUGGGGCCGACCGCACGUCGCCAGCCUCUCCUUCCACUCGCUACUGAACCUGCGGCGGUGCCUCGAAACUGGUGUCGUUUUGCUCGACCUCAACGAGAAGGACCUCCCCGGAGUCGCGUACAGGGUGGUAGAAAGCAUGGUAUCAGAAGAACUCAUUGAGGAGGACGACAAGCCGGUGGUAAUGCGGUCGCUGUUGCUGCGCCACAGGCACGUAGACGAGCGCUUAGGGUUCCGCUUCUCCAUCACCGGUCGCAAACACUCCUCCUACACCAGUUUACAGUCGCUGUGGCUGGAGGACGGCGCGGGCGCGCUGGGCGCGGGCCGCGCGCGCUGCUCGCUGUGCUCGGCCACGUCCACGUGCCGCCGCCACAGCACGCACCUGCUCAAUUUGGCGGAGCAUCGACGACGUCGCAGCUCGUACGCGCUGCCGGCGGCCACUCUCCAGAAGAAAACGUCAAUGGGGGGCGCGGAUCUGCGUGAGGUCGAGUACUUAACCGCAGUGGCACUGGCCGACGGUUCGCAGGACGAGCUGCGCCGAGCCAAUGACUCAAUCAGGAAACGUAUUCCAGAAGACGCCGAAGCUACCACCGUACUCGUCGGUGCCGUCGGUUUUCUGGAUCAACCUACUAUUGCAUUCGUGCGACUCGCCCAAGGAAUUCUUAUGCCAUCUAUAACAGAAGUACCUAUUCCGGUGCGAUUUAUGUUCAUUCUUCUGGGACCGAGUGGGGCUGAUCUCGAUUACCACGAAGUAGGUCGCUCCAUUUCGACGCUAAUGUCGAACCCAUCAUUCCAUUCGAUAGCAUACAAAGCUGACGACCGACGAGAGUUGUUAUCCGCUAUCAACGAGUUUUUGGAUGACUCGAUAGUAUUGCCUCCCGGUGACUGGGAGAGGCAGGCAUUGUUACCCAUAGACGAACUAAAAGCAAAGAGCCAAAUGAUACGGCGACGCAAACAAAAUGCUUUAGAAAAGAAACGUGCCGCCAGCGAAGUAGAAACUCCCGCCUCCGAUGAGAAGAAAGCUCUAAUCGAAGCUGAGAAGGGCUCCCCUCCUAAAGAACCUGAUGAUCCACUCUCAAGGACGGGUCGACUUUUUGGAGGUGUGAUCCGUGAUAUCAAACGUCGCUACCCAUACUACAAAUCAGAUUUUAUCGAUGCUCUAAACGGUCAGUGCGCGGCAGCUACCAUCUUCAUGUACUUUGCCGCACUGUCCUCUGCCAUCACGUUUGGCGGCUUGCUAGCCGAUAAAACUUAUGGCGCAAUUGGAAUAUCAGAAACAUUGGUAUUUACAUGUGUGGGCGGUUUAGUGUUCGGGCUAUUGUCCGGACAGCCGUUGAUGAUCACCGGCGCGACCGGUCCACUGUUGCUGCUCGAUGAGUCGCUCGCCAACUUCUGCCACUCGUACGGGUUCGACUUUCUAGCAGCACGCAUGUACUGCGGCCUCUGGAUGAUUAUCAUCGCGCUGUGCGUUGCUUCCAUCGAGGGCAGUGUUGCUGUCAAAAAAAUCACAAGAUUCACAGAAGACAUUUUCGCUUUCCUGAUCUCAUUGAUCUUCAUCUCCGAACCAAUAACGAGCACGAUCAACGUGUACCGCUCGCACCCACUCGGCGUCGACUAUUGCCAAUACAACAAUGUUUCAGUAGUGGAUUCCACACCUGUGCCAGACCUGUCUAUAAACGGAACUUUAUUAGAGAGCAACGCGACGUUGCCGCGGGCGGCGGCGCCGGCGAAGGCGGGCCAUAUGCCGCCGCAGCCCAACACCGCGCUUUUCUGCACCAUGCUGACACUUAGUACCUUCAUCAUUGCUUACUAUCUCCGCAUCUUCCGAAAUGGAAAAUUCCUCGGCCGUAGCGCUCGACGCGCGCUCGGCGACUUCGGCGUGCCGAUCGCGAUCGUGCUUAUGGUGGGCGUGUCGUGCGUGGUGCCCGUGUGGACGGAGACACUGCGCGUGCCCGCCGGCCUCAGCCCCACCGCGCCGCGCUCCUGGUUCGUGCCGCUCAACCCGGGCCUCGCCACCAUCCCGCUGUGGGCGUCGCUCGCCAUGGUGCUGCCCGCUCUCAUGGUCUACAUCAUCGUCUUCAUGGAAACGCACAUCGCCGAGCUGAUCGUGGACAAGCCCGAGCGCGGGCUGAAGAAGGGCAGCGGGUUCCACAUGGACAUCGUGAUAAUGUCGCUGGUGAACGCGCUGUGCGGCAUGUUCGGCGCGCCGUGGCAGUGCGUGGCCACCGUGCGCUCCGUCAGCCACGUGUCCGCGCUCACCGUUAUGUCCACCACGCACGCGCCCGGCGACAAGCCCCACAUCGUCGAGGUCAAAGAACAACGACUAACGGGGCUGCUGGUGGCCGUCCUGGUGGGCAUAUCGGUGCUGGCGUCCAACUGGCUGCGGCUGGUGCCGAUGGCCGUGCUGUUCGGCGUGUUCCUCUACAUGGGCAUCUCCGCCCUCGGCGGCAUACAGUUCUGGGAUCGCUGCAUCUUACUGUUUAAGCCUGUCAAGCACCACCCGCAGGUGCCUUAUGUGAGGAGGGUGCCGACGAUGAAGAUGCACCUGUUCACGCUGAUCCAGGCGGCCGGGCUGGCCCUGCUGUACGCGAUCAAGUCGUCGCGGGUCUCGCUCGCGCUGCCCUUCUUCCUCGUCAUGAUGGUGCCGCUGCGGCUCUCGCUCGCCUAUAUCUUCACGCCGCUGCAACUGCGCGCGUUGGACGGUGCACAAAAAGAGAUAGACAAGGACGAUGAGCCCGACUUCUACGAGGAGGCGCCGCUCCCCGGCUAAAGCGGAGCCGGGGCCGGGGCCGGGGAGGGGCGGGGCGGGGCGGGGCGGGCCGCGGCCACUGCGGGCGUGCUGACGGCUGCCUGCGCACUGUACUCGCCUGUAGCACAACGCAGCAACGCGCACUGGUACUCACGCGCCUUCAGUACGGUGAGGAGUCACUCCCGCGUCGUACUGAGCCCUGCAGUACAGCAGCGACCACACCGCGUACCACAUACGUGGACUACAGCCUCAGAGCCACUCAACCACUGUACUUACCAUCGGCGCACCUCAAUUAACAUGGAGUCAGGGCUCGUGCCUGUUGUACUUAAACAUUUGAAAUAACAAAACAGAUAAAUAACAAUUGGAGGCACUGACCCGGUGCUGAAUUCCAACAUAAUGGAAUGAAAGUACUUAUGUUUCAUAGCAUAUUAAGUAAAAAAAAAAAGUGGUUUAUAAUCUAUUUUAUUAAUAAUAUUUCAAAUGAAUUGUCUAUUUUGAUGAUAAUAAUUAAAUAUUAGAAGAUUUCUAUAAUAUAGGAACUAUUCGCGUGUUGUUACAAUCACCGUAGAAUGUCCACAAUAUUUUUAAUAGGACUAUAUUUAAAAUUACAUACUAGGUAUGUCUGUUCGUGUUAAAUAAUGGUAAUAAAGCUUGUACACACACGUAAUGUUAUCGGAAUGUCCUCGGGUCGUCCAGACAUUCUUACAGAAUGUUGCAACUAAAUAAUCAAUAUUGAAUAAAAGACAGAUUUGUUAUUGUUUUAUCCACCGACCGAGUAGACUAUAUAUGUAUAUUAUUGUAUUAUGUAUUCUACGCUCAUAUAAGCUCAUAUCCAAACUGGCUAGUUGGAGUACAGGUGACGCCGCGAGGAGGCGGUGCGCCGGUCGCUUCGUCACAAUGUCAACGCGCAACAGCAGGCGGCCCCUGCAGGCAUAGUUACAUGUAUUCGUACAUCAUCACAUUGAGUCUGCGCAAUUUAGUAGAACAGACUCUCACUCGAGCAUCGGCUACAUACAUCCCGCAGAAUAACUGUAUCAGAUCCGUAGCGAUAAGUUGUCUAGGCGCAGAUUCCGAGUCCAGACAUGUUACUUGGUGUCGUAACAUUUGAUAAUGUACGUAUGGCGUGUGUACGGCGGCCGCGACUGCGGCGCCACCUGUACCGUGCGACCGGGGGGCGCGGGGGGCGCGGGGGAGCGCGCCGGAGCACAGCAAUAUAACUAUAUGUGAUAAGGGAGAGUUUAUGUGUUAAACACGCUCUUUCCUAUUUUGUCUUUCUAUAUAAUAUCUAUUUUCUGGAUACUAAUAUGUACUUAAAUUAUUUGAUAAGAUAAAAAUCUAUUUAGCAUAUAAUGCGGAAAGCUGUGUGGUAUGCGUUUAACGUAGCUUAUAGCUGUAAAAAUUUAAAAAGUACAGUUUGGGCAAAUAACUCGAGUACGGUUUUAGUGCCGUUCGAUGUGCGCAAGAGCAGUUUUUCAUGGAAAAGCGUUUAAUGCGCAUGCUUCAUUGGUGCCGUGGAAGUUUUUUGCCGCGAACUGUACACGUAAAUACCUACUUCAAUUUUACAUAGGGCCUCAGGCACGUAACAACAAUAGUAGUGAUUGCUCUUUAGGGCACAGUGCGGUAGUUAGUAGUGGCCCCUGUUACGAUCCCUCGCGGAUUGUGCCAGCAUCGCGCAGCACUUUGCUCAAGCUGCGAUGAAAAUGUUACCAAACACUUAAGUACGGCACUCUUGCUAUCGUAUUUUAUAAUUUUAUUUUAUUUUUAUUUUAAAUUAAUUAAGUCAUUAAUGUAAUGGACACGCGCGGCGUGCCAUGUCAGCCUACUUACUUUUAAAAGGUCAAUUCAGUAACGAAUGCAUUUUUAUUUGGAUAAAUUGUUUCGCAACGAGUUGCAUUUGCGGCAGAUUGUUGACACCAUUCUCAACAAGUGAUACUUUGUUAGUUCAUUAUUAAAAACAAUGCAAUAUUGUUCCUAAGUUCAUUAUAUCAUAUAAGUUAGCCUUUUUAAUAUAGAUAUGGCUAUUUUAUUUCUAUGUUCGCAAGAGUGCCCCAGGUCUUUGUUUUUACGGUUGCGAGCCAAAGGAAAGGUGCCAAAGAAACAUUUAUUUAGAACGUAGAAUUAUCUAGAAGUUUCAGUAGUAAAUACAUAGAAGAAAUACAUGCGAGCAGAGGGAUUGUGACUAUAUAGACGAUGCAACUGAUGGUGAUCAUACUGAGCUGUAACGAGCGAACCACGUCGGCCACGCCGCACCGCGCCGCAUCGCACCGCACCGCACCGUAUCGCGUCAGCAACCGCUCGAUCACUCGCAGCGAUUAUUUCCCCGUGAAAAAGCAUUGAUCAGCAGUAUUAUACAUGCUCAGAUUAGUUUUUAAGGAGAAACACGACGUAGCAAUACCAUUGAACAUAUCAUGAACACGAUCACAAGCGUCGCAUCACAAGCUCGUGCUAUACACUAGCACUCUACUACUUUAUCUACUUAUAUUAUUUUAGUACUUCAGUUUCAGAUUUUUUGUUGACAUAAAUAUAUAAUAAUUUCAAUUAAUUAAAAGAACCUAAAUACUAUUUAUAUCUAGCAUUUGAAAGAAUUUUUCGAAUAAAAUGUAUAAAUUGUGCCACGCAUGUGUCAGCGCGCGAGGUUUGCUCAUACGUCGUAGUAAAAUAAUUCGCGGCUUGAGAGCGUUGAACUCUGUCCACAUAACUAGUUUACUGUGGAUAAAUCCUAUAAACAUAAUACUUUGCAAUGUUGUUUCUAAAUUUAUAUGUGGGCUCUUUCUUUUUCUACGCCCACGAAGGCGUACUGAACAAUUUGUAUUUAUAUGAUUUAAUUUUGUACUUUGUUAUGGCUAUGUUACUGUAUUAUUAUAUGAAAGCAUACAAUAGGCUGUUGUUUGUUUUGCAGUCGUGCUUGUAUAUGCACGUACCGACGCACGUGUGCAGGUCAUUGCCACAUAAAAUGUCGAUGCUACAAAACUGUGCCCCUGGAACUUAGAUUUGUUCAUGUAGUGAUUGACACAAUGUGCCCACUAGACUUACUUAUAAUUUUUUUUUCACUAAUUUUAAGUGAUGUUUACAAACGCUACGUAUAGUUCGUACCUACUUACAGCACUACAACGCUUAUAGUAACAUCUUAUGUUACAAUGCUGCAUCUAUAGAAAACAAUCGUCUUAUGAAUGUUGGUAAUUCCGACGUUGCAUUGUCGAACAUUGGCCAUGUCACAGCACCAGUAACUCCGUUGUCUAUGGUUUUGUUCAUGUUGUAUGUGGUCGCUUGAUGCUAACAUCGCCUUCUGAGCGCGCAUCCAAUAAUUAUCGGUACCAUUAAUUAAUCAUUAAUUAUUUUACUAUAAGCGCUGCAGUACUGUUCCCGCCUGAUGUCGACGAAUUGCACAUUACAAUUCGUGGAUAAUAAUCAUGUAGGAUUGUUAGUGAGCAGUGGAACGUUAGUACAAAUUGUGGAAUUAAGUCAUGCGAUUACUUUGUUGUUUAUAACAGAUUAUAUUGUUUUGUUUAGGUACAUUUAGCUGUAAGUAUUGUUGUUAAAUUAUUAUUAUUAUUUAUGUAGCCAACCACGUCUAUUUUUUUCUUACUAGAACCUUGCAGACGGGGGACGUACUUUACUUUUCGAAGAUUUCGAGAUACUUUUGACUUUUUUGUCUGUGCGUUAGUAAUAACUACGGCCAGUGGCAAGUCUCGGCGGUACAGUGCAACGAGGAAUUUUCUUCUCCGCCAAUAAAAGGUCCCCCGCCUGCGCAGGCGCCAGCCUGUAGGAUCGAAAGCCAUCGGUCCUCACAGAGCUGCAUUUUCUCUGAUAAAAAAAUACAAAUUGUAAACUGCCAGAUAAGGACGUAGAAACUUAUGUGUGAACAAAGUUAAUUAAUUCAUUUUGAUAGAGACAAGGUGCACUAUGUGCCGGUCAGUAGGGCCGCAGACUAGUGUUCGUUAGACGAUCAAUCAUUACCAUCACAUCAGUCGCAUAUGGCCGGUCGGGUAUAAUCACACACAAUAACUGGCCUCGUCUUGAUCUUACGACAACGUCUCUUGCCUUACAACCAGUCAAUCAGUGGCAAUCAAACAGAAUCCGCCAGAUCCGAGCACGUCACUUGGUGGUCCACGUAGGGAACAGAGGUAGUCAUACUAGUAUGCACGAAGUUUCCUGCUAUUUAAAUCCUAUAACAUGUACAGGUAGUUUAUGGAGAUUACUAUUGAUGAUUGAUCGUGUACUGGGCGCGUUAUAACAAAAGUUCCUCAUUCGAGCAAUAAUGAGAAACCACAAUUUAUGGUUAAGUGAUCGCAUAGCCCGCGUAGACUUGUUUAGCUGCAGAAUUUGCAGAUGUAAUAAAGUCUAUAUUGUGUUUUUAAUAUUAUUAAAUAAGUAGUAGUUAUUGCAAUAAAUAAGUAGCUAAGCAUCGAACAACUUGUGACGUAGUAAAUAUUUUGGUUUUAUAAAAAAUGUUGUUGAACAAAUAAAUUAUCACUUCAAACAAA